AAGUGUGGAGAGGGGACUAUAUAAUACACUGCUUUGUGUGCAGUUGACAAACUCCUGCAUCUCUUCACUGAUUGCCUGAGUCUCUGUGUGCCAGGGCCAUUCAGGCACCUGCAUUCUGAGGUUACGUCUGCAUGCUCAGGGAUUCAAUUUUGCCAAAGGCAAUGGUGUGGCUGAUAUUUGUGUGCAAUCAAUCUUUGAUGAUUUAAUUAAGGCUGCAAGGAUUAUUGAUAAUGUCAGCCUUGUCCUGACUUAGUUCCUUCUAGGUGUGGGGUGAGAUCCCAGGAGGGAACACUGUACAGCUAUCGUGUGUUUAAGUCUCAUUCAGUCUUGGAUCCCUACUGGAUUAGCAGCUUGUGCUAGUGGCUGACAUAUGGACAUUCUUGACAUGUAUUCUAUACCUGGCACAAGCACUGAAUAUCCUCGCCCACAGUGGAUAUGCUUGGAUUACGAAAUAGUAUUGCUUUGAUACAACACUGAUUUCUUACAAAAGAAACAAACAUGGAGGAAAGCAUAAUUAAGGACACCUACUGGGGCUGAGGAUUGUAUGGAAACAAUUACUAGGCCCAGAGUAUCUUGGUAGAUGGGGCAAGUCUGCCUUCAAAUUUCUAGUAGUAGUCAAGUACAGCAGCCCAAAAUGUUCUCCCCACUCAGCAGAUAUCCUGAUUUGCAGUUGCGGGUUCGCCCCCGGCACAUGGAGGUAGUACACUACCUCCAAUACGGACACACGUGGAAGCCCCUUCGUCGAGCUCAGCGGCGACAGAUGAAACUCAUGGCCACAACACAAUAUCAGAAAGGGGAGGUAAUCCUUCGAAAUCUUGCAGAAGAACUUCUGAAUGAAGAUGAAUGCAGUGUGUUCAAACAAGCUUUACAGCACUUCCGGGUGUCUAAAUCUGUGCCCACAUUAUGCACUGAGCUAAAACCUGUGAUAAAUACAACUGAGAAGCUGAUGCUCCUCCUGGAGCUCAGUGGCAAACUUCCUCUCCAACUCCAGAGGGACUUCCAUAAGCUCUGUAGCUUGCAGUUUUCGAGUUAUGAGGCAUUUUUAAAGUAUUUUAAUACUGGAAACCCCUUAAGUGAUGAUCCUAAAGUUAUUGCAAAGGAUUCAUCGGGACAAUUUCAAGUUGUGUCAACAGGAUUUGAGAAAAAAAUACAUGUAGUGCCCUAUGAUGAAACUAAUGGUACUGAUGGGAUAUCUCUGCCUGGUACCAGUGUUACAAGUGGAGUAUACAGUGAGUUUGAUGAUCACUCGAGGAAUGGAACAGUGACCAAGGAAGAAGCUGAAAUGAUACUGAAUCAUUCACUCAUGAAACCGGUGAGAGCAGCAGACCAAUAUCAACCUCAGAAUCAAGAUAUGUCAAAGACUCCAUCACGUGUGUCACUGAAGUCGCUUCAGCUGUCACAAAAAUCAAAGGGACACAGUAGGAAAUCAAGCACACAUUCCAAUCAUCAUCUGAAUCGGAUACCUUCCAAGAGCACGUCGACUGUUAAUCCAGAAAGCCCCACGAUACAGCCAGAAGGAAGCAACUCCAAGAAGCAAGUGCUACUAAACAGGCGUGAGGAUGGCAGUCUUGGUGUUGGCAUCAAAGGCGGCAAGGAGUAUGGGACCCCUAUCAUGGUGUACCUAGUGGAGUCCAACAGUCAGGCAGAGGAACAGGGUCUCAGUGUUGGAGAUCGCAUCCUUGAGGUGAAUGGUACAGACUUUAGGCAACUGACUCAUGCUGAAGCUGUGAUACUGAUGCUCAAUGCCUGGAAUCUCAUCAUGGAAGUGGAGACAUCUCAUGAAGUUGAUGGGCACCGACUUGUGUCACCUACAACAGGCAACAGCACAGAUGUGAUUAUCUACCCAACAAAUGGUGGCAAGCUUGGCUGUGCUGUUUUCAGGGACCCAGUGGCAGGAGACAUCAUUGUGAAGGAGGUGGAAGCAAACUCUCCUGCAGACAAGGCUGGCCUCAAGAAGGGAGACUGCAUAAUGAAGAUUGAUGGAUUAAGUGUAAAUAUUCUCUCUGAGAAGCAGAUCUCUGGCCUCACCAAUUCAAAGAGAGUGAAACUCAACAUCAAGAGGUCUCUGUAUGACAAAGAGAACAACCCUCCCUUGAAGACUGGAACAGACACAGUGGGAAGUGAUGAAGUGUUCACACCAAUGCGUCUCCCUUCGCCAUCAUCACCAUCCUCACCACCAGAUGCCUUCUUUGCCUCGUCUACUCCCCGAUAUCCAGCUCAAAAUGUCAACCACCAUGACCAUCAUCACCAACUUCCUGGAAGAACCCUGUCAUCCAAUCUAGCAGACAAUAAAGGUACAGUGAGCCAUGUGUGGAGGGAUGACGGCCACCAUUACCCCCAUGACCACAGGGACACACGACACCAUGUGACAACAACGUAUGCCAAACAUAAUCAAAAUCUUUACAUUCCUCGGCAGUCAACUUACACGCCAAGAAUGACCAUGGUGUAUCAUACCAAAUCUGCUGCAAACACACAUGAACGGUCAAGGUCAGUGACUAGAAUAAAGAAACAAAUGCCCCAGUAUGUACGGAGUCGGUCUCAGUCACCUCACUCACUACGCAAUGCUCCGUCUCUCACAACGGAAGAUCGUGUUGUUCUCCAUGCAGUUCAGAGUGGAAUACAGAAGCGUCAACGGGCUCUCAGACUCUCUCUGUAUCAGCUACCAGACACCAAUGAUGAUGACUGGAAGAUCUGACUGGCCACUCAAAACAAAGACAAUCAUGUCUAACUGAAUGACCAAAUAACACAUGGUACUGUGUUUGGUUCAACAUAUUCAUGACACUACCUACUCUCUAAUCAUGCUGCUGAAAUAUUUGUAACUUAUUUCUCAGAAUUAUUUGUUCUUAAAACUACAAGGGUAUUAGAACAUGUUAAGCAGAAUACAAUAUAUAUCAUGGCUGAUUGGAUAUGUUUGUGUCAAUGUAACAGAAAGGGUAAAAAACAUGGAGUGAAAAUAUAAAUCUGAUUAUCACGUUCUGAAAUAGAUCAUGUACUUGUGAGCCUCAAGCCAUGUAUUGUUAUUAAAUCUCUACCUGUUUGUGUCUAUCAUCCUGCAUCUAUCAUCACAUGCCCUACAAUUACAAGAACAGGUGGACCUCCUCAACUUGUGUGUGUCCAUCAACACAUGCCCUACAAUGACAAGAACAGGUGGACCCUCUUAACUUGUGUGUGUCCAUCAACACAUGCCCUACAAUGACAAGAACAGGUGGACCUCCUCAACUUGUAUGUGUCCAUCAACACAUGCCCUAUAAUGACAAGAACAGGUGGACCUCCUUAACUUGUGUGUGUCCAUCAUCACAUGCCCUACAAU